CAACCAUUACAACAUCUAUUUAUACACCAUGGAUCCAUCUACCAGAAAAAGACGACGAACUACAAACCCCCCAUAUAUUACACCCCGCUCUUACAAUCGCAGAUUCGACAAUCGUGAUGGCACGCCGUCCCUGGACCCAGGAUCCACCUCACGUGUUCGUUUCCCCAACUCGCAGAGGUCCUCUACAACAAGGCCACCAAUACCGCAAAGCUCAAUAAGCAACCUUGUCGACGAUGAGAUUCUACAGCAGUCUAUCGAUGAUGAUCUCGGUCAAGUGAUAGUGGCGAUCGAUACGCGAGAUUCGGGGACAGUUGGAUGCUCCUACUAUUCAGCUCAGGAGGAGACGCUCUACCUAAUGGGAGAUAUUCAUUUCGCGGGGAAUGAGACGAUUGAUAGUUUAAUCCUUCAGACGAAACCCACCGUGCUCCUGGCCUCCGCUCGUGUCGAUUACCUUACAAGCAGAGGGCAGAAAUCAGGACAAGAAGAUGAGACGCAAACGUACCUCCCCUACCAACUCGAUAUCCGCCCAUCCCAAGAAUUCAGCGGCCCCAACGCCAAAAGCAAGCUUACAGCUCUCGAGAUAUCCGCUACGCACGAACAACGCAUGCAAUUCCUCGUUCCACAUGGCGGGAUAAUCGGGCCUGGGGAGAUGGAAACAGAAGCCACGGGGUUUACGCUGCAAGAGGGACGAUUGCUACACAUGUCUAGCUCGGUGGAUAUGGAGAACGUUGUUACGAUUGGCUGCGCUGGGGCUAUCAUUACCCACUUACAGAGGCGAAGGGUUACAGAUAUUAUUCCUGGAAACAGGGCGUCGGAUUUGCUCAGAAUCAACUCUGUUAGGAUGUUCGGGUUGCAGGAUACCAUGCUCAUAGAUGGCAACGCCCUACUGUCCCUCCAGAUAAUACAGUCUGAAUCUCAUCCUAGCUUGUUCAACCAAGGCCCAGGCAAGAAGUCAACUUCCUCGAAAGAAGGCCUGUCAAUAUACGGCAUAUUCCAUCGCUUCGCAAGUACACCUCAGGGAAGGAAUCGACUUCGACAGGACUUUCUUCGUCCCAGUACGAACAUCGACACUAUUCGCGAAAGACAUGAUUUUAUAAGCGUGUUCCUACGACCGGAUAACUUCAACUGCUUGGAGAAGAUGACGAGGAGCUUGAAGCACAUAAAAAACCUUCGUCCUGUUAUGAUAAACCUUCGAAAGGGUAUCAGCACGGGGAGCGCAAAGGUUACUGGCUUCAAGACUACGGUUUGGGCGACUCUAUUGGCUUUCGCUUUCUAUGGAAUCGACAUCAACGAAGCCCUAAGAGAGCUCUCCGGUGCGAACGCGCUAUCAUUAAGAAGCAAGGCACUCCAAAUCUUCGAAGCGGCGCAACUGUACAGGGUUGGGAGGAUGAUUCAAGAGAUAGUCGACAUCGACAGCUCCGAUGAACAAAGUAGAACUAUUGUGAAACCAGGCCUUGAUCGCGAGCUAGACAUGAUGAAAGACAAUUAUGACGGAUUGAACAGCUUACUGAAACAGGUCGCAAUGGAGAUCGCGACUACAAUUCCAGAGAGCUUCAACAUUGACGUGAACGUGAUAUACUUUCCCCAACUCGGCUUCAAUAUUGCGAUCCCGCUCAAUGACCGGGGCGAGCCUUCCUUCAAUGGCAGCGAUGAGGACUGGGAGUUGAUAUUCAUUACAGAAAAUCGAGCAUACUUCAAGGAUCUGCGGAUGAGAGAGAUGGAUGACAGAUUGGGUGACAUCUAUGGACUUAUUUGUGAGAAAGAGAUAGAGAUCGUCUACGACGUAGCACAGAGGGUGCUUCGAUUCGAGGACAUGCUUGUAGAAGCGUCCGAUAUCUGUGGCCAAAUCGACAGUCUCAUCGCAAUGACUCAAGCAGCAAGCUUCUAUAGGCUAGUGCGACCAGAAGUAGUACAAAAGAAUGUCAUCAAGAUUAAAGGCGGACGUCAUAUCCUCCAAGAGCUUACUGUCCCGUCAUACGUCCCGAAUGAUACACUUAUUAUAGGCGAUGAAUCGGACAUCCUGUCUGAAGGGCCAGAGACGGGCCAUGGUCCGAGCAUGUUGCUGCUUACAGGCCCCAACUACUCGGGCAAAAGUGUCUAUAUGAAGCAAGUUGCUUUGAUCAUCUACCUUGCGCAAGUCGGAAGUUUCGUCCCCGCGGAGAGUGCAGAGGUUGGCAUAACGGAUAAGAUCAUGGUGAAGAUGAAUACCCAGGAGAGCGUCUCUAAGAUUCAAAGCACGUUCAUGAAUGAUCUACAACAAAUUUCCCUUGCCUUGAAGCAAGUUACCAGUCGCAGUUUGCUCUUGAUCGACGAGUUCGGUAAAGGGACUCUUGAGAACGAUGGCAUCGGUCUUGCUUGCGGAAUUCUCGAGCAUUUGCUGAAUCUCAGAGAGGCCCCAAAGGUCAUCGCAGCAACGCAUUUUCACGAGAUAUUUGAGAACGAUUUUCUCAGGGCCCGACCUCGAUUACAGCUGGGUCAUAUGGAAGUUCAGGUCUGCGAAGAAUCCCGCGACGUGGAAGAUCAGAUCACCUACCUCUAUAAUUUCCGACCAGGCCGAAAUAACAAGAGUUUUGGGACCAUCUGCGCGGCGAUCAACGGAAUCAACCAAACCGUCGUCGCCCGCGCCAAUGAGCUCGCUUCACUCUCUGCCCGUGGUGAGAAUUUGAUCGCUGCUUGCGCCACGUUAACCGCAGAGGAAACACAAGCGUUGGAAGAAGCGGUGGGGGCCCCUAUCUUGAAGCACUAAUAAACACCAGCUGAUUCUUCUCUGCAUGUAGGAUGCGUUAGCUAGAGGAUUCCUUGAGAUAGAUAUGUCUGAGAGCGGUGGGAUAGUUUCGAGGGAUACUUUAAAGGGAUUAUUUGAAAGCCUGAGACAGUAGUCGUGGUCUUACUGUUAUUUAGUGCCUCAGGUCAUAACUAGCUGAAUGCAUGUCCUUCUACGAUUCCU